UGAAAGGCAGGACUGAGACGAGAGGAGAAAGUUUUCAGAUAGAGCUGCUAACAAAACUUAUUGAGCAGUUCCACUUAAGACAAGACAAGAGAUAGAAAGAGAGCGAGGAGGAUAGAGAGAGAGACAGACAGACAGACAGACAGAUAAAGAGGAGGGCAUUACAUAAUAAAUCGGUAACAUUCGCCCGGGACCAGCACUGACUGACACUUAACUUAUUAUUAGGGUCGAACCGAUUAUAGGCUAUAGGCUAUAUUUUUUUUUAGCUUGACCGAUUGCAUAAAAGUUUAGGUGUAUAGUAUAUGUUUGAAGUCGUAUUAAUUGUUUCAGAUUUGUUUAUUUGAAUGAUUAACAUGUAGAAUUAUGAGACCUCCGCAGCUUGUCACUCUUCUGGCGCGGAUGAUGUUGACAAAGUUGUCAGGAACGCGCUUGUCUUCAUUCUGAACGCUUUCACAACUUUCGCCUCAAAUUAUCCUCUGAUGUUUCAGAGGAGUAAGGAGUAAACUGUUGCCAAUCACAAAUAGAGAGCUCUGCGUUCAAGUCCUCAGUUAAAGCUAUGACCUCAGCCACGCCCCCUUCUUCCCGUAGCCCCUCCCCACAGAAGGUCUGCCACUCCCAGACACAGACAGACGUUCUAAAGCCACUCCUGGGCGGAGCAGGUGGGGCUUCAACAGGAAACGGACCUGCGGCAUUGAGACGUCGUCGACGGGUGCUAUCUAAAGAUGGGCGGAGCAAUGUACGCAUCGAACACGUCACUGGCCGAGGGACGCUUUACCUGCGUGACUUGUGGACGACCUUCUUGGACAUGCAGUGGCGCUACAAGCUUUUCCUCUUUUCCGCCACCUUCGCUGGCACCUGGUUUGUCUUUGGAGUGCUGUGGUACUUGGUGGCACUUGUGCAUGGAGAUUUGCUAGAGUUUGACCCUCCAUCCAACCACACACCGUGUGUGAUGCAAGUCCAAACUCUGACGGGAGCGUUCCUUUUCUCCCUGGAAUCGCAAACUACGAUCGGUUACGGCUUUCGCUGCAUCACUGAGGAAUGUCCACUUGCUAUCAUCCUGCUUAUUGUCCAGCUUGUCAUCACAAUGGUGAUGGAGAUCUUCAUCACUGGAACCUUCCUUGCCAAGGUAGCCCGGCCCAAAAAACGUGGUGAGACGGUGAAGUUCAGUCAGCAUGCUGUGGUCUCAAAUCAUGAGGGCCGACCUUGUCUCAUGAUCCGUGUCGCUAACAUGCGUAAGAGCCUCCUUCUAGGCUGCCAGGUGACAGGUAAGCUCCUGCAGACAUCACUGACUAAAGAGGGUGAGACGGUACGUCUGGACCAGAGGAAUGUAGCCUUCCAAGUGGAUACCUCCACUGACAGUCCCUUUCUCAUUCUGCCCCUCACUUUCUACCACAUCAUAGAUGACAACAGCCCACUGCGGGCCUGGGCCGCCAAAGGUGGUGGAUGGACGGAUCCGGAGCUGGCUGACUUUGAGUUGCUUGUUAUCAUGAGCGCUACCGUAGAGCCGACCUCGGCCACCUGCCAGGUCCGCACCUCCUACCUGCCCGACGAGAUCCUGUGGGGCUACGAGUUUCCUCCCGUCGUCUCCCUCUCCCCAUCCGGAAAGUAUGUAGCUGAUUUUGCCUUUUUUGACAAGGUUGCCAAGACCAAGACCCCGCCCCUUUUUAAACAAUCCCCGCCUCCCAACACACAGUCGCCGCAAGGCCAUCAAGGCAACGGCAGUGGAGACCAAGGGGCGGAUAUGGAGAAGAUGCGAUUGGAGGAGAGCUACCGGGAGGAAAGGGGGCGGGACAGGGGGCGUGCCCGAGACCAGCUUAGCGUCCGUAUUAGUAACGUGUAGAGAGAGAAAAACAACUUGGAUGACUGCCUGAGAGGGGGAUGUGAUGAAGAUAAAUUGCUUGAGUACUCGUUUGAUUCAGCGUUAGCCAACUUUUUUUUUUGAUGCCACUGAGCUUACCUGUUUUACUAGGUAGCGUGCCAGCAGAGUUGGCUAGCGCUGAAAUACAUUGGCAUACAAGCAUGAAAUUGAGAAGAGAAAGAGAGUGGCUAUGUUCGGAAGAGCACACUAGCAUACGACUCUUGCUGUUUCUGCAGUAUACAGUAUGUAUACUGUGCACAGCAUGACAUUUUUGUCUAUGAACAGAACACACAGAUUAUCUACUAUGGCAAAAUGAUUGGAAAAACGGCAGUAAAACACCAACAAAUUUGUUUUUUUUUUCACACAGAUUAUGAUUACAGGGGCAUGUUGGCCAUUUAUAAAGACUUAUUUUUGCACAGUUCCUUACACAAUACUAUGUAAUGAUCUGAAAACAUUUUUACCAUAGUACUUGAUUUGUAAACUAAUAUAUUUUGAUGUUUGCAUCACUUAAUCAGAUCCAUAUAUGUGCAGUAAACUUGCUCAGUAGCACACAUUCGUACAUUAUUGCUUCAGCAAAUGCGUUUUUAUCUCAUUUGCUUUUUCUCACACUUUUGGUUAGGUUUAGGCAGGGCUGCCAACUUUUGAUUUUAGCUUGGAGUAAGAAUUAUGAAUGGGGUGGCUUGGGUGGAAGGUGAUAUUUGACUCAUAAGCUUGCAAUUAGAUUCUUAUCUUGAUUCAAUAUUGUUUCAUUUGGCUAAAUAUCUGGUACAGUAGGGCCUGCGUGUUCAUUUUUCUCAGAAACAAAUCUCUCUCAACUAAUGAACAUACCUGUCAACUGAUAUUAUUAUUAAAGGUUAAAAUUGACUCAUUCUUAUACAAUUAAUAUAAUGACAAUUUUUAUAAUAAUGUUAUAAUAUUUUUAAUGAUACGAGUAAAAAUACAAUAAAUAUGCAAUAUAGUGCAUAUAUUUAAAAAAACUCCACAAACAGAUGCGCGUCUCCGAGCGACAUGUUUAGUUCCUGAAUGAAUCAGCAUUUUGAAUGAAUCAGUUGAAUUAAAAGAUUCAGUGACUCACUCAUUAGGUGUGUUCGACUUCAUGCGGCGCUGCACAGACCAAUCGGCGCGAGUUGCCGCUUGUAGUCGGGGAUGGAAUUAAAAACUGAUCAAAUCAGACACUUUCUGCAUACCUUAGUGAUGUGCACGUGUUGUUUGCAUACUUUAUCACAGACAAAGUGGAUUAGAUGCAGUAUUUGUCAAAUACACAGAUGUUUUUAGAUGUUUUCAUGAAACAACAGAAACACUUUUUAUAUACUGCUUAAUACAGUGCCAAGAAUAAUUUCAACAUAAGCCUAUACUAUUUAAAUACCAAUACAUUGGUAAAGUUUCUUUUAUCAGUGUUAUUUUGAUAAACAUGACACAAAAACAUUAAAUGAAUGAAGAGUUUUUACCAUUAUAAAAACACAAAUUUGUGAGCAUUAGCAGAAUUUAAGGUGUCAGAAUAAACACGAAAUGUGUCAUCUUUGUCAUUGGUAAUCAUCAAGAACUUGAUGCCAUACAUCACAGUGACAUGCCGUUAUCGCUGUCUCAAGUUGGACAAAAUUUCUAACCGGCAUGCACUGCUUCAAGUCAGAUGCCGAUCGGUCUGUGCAGCAUUGCAUGAAGUCGAACACGUUUAUUAAGACAGUGACUUGACACUACCUAUUGGCAAAUAUUACAUACAUCAAAAUAGUCUAAGCAAAUGUGAUUAAUCUUAUGAUUUUGCAAUAUGUACAUAUACCUUUUUAUAUACCAGUCUUCAUAUACCUUCAUAUACCAGUCUUUUUUGUUUUGAGGGUAUUAGGGUGCCCUUUUUCCUAGUUUGGGCCACUGCCCCUCAAAAUGUCCCUGCAACAUACCCUCUGAUGUUCAUUCAUGUUUAUUUGGUGCUAUAACUAAUAAUAAAGGGGAACACAAAUCGGUUCACAUGCCACUUGAACAGCGAUCUGUCACGCCAUAUUAAAGAGUUCCAAACGGUAUUUUUUCUUAGAAUUUUGUAAUAAAAUUGACAGAAUUUGAAAGAGACUUUGUUUCAUAUCAAAAUGAACCUGCUCGAUUUUUCACUGCGUGAGAAAAUGUAUACUCAAAACUAGCCCAAUUACGUUUCAGGGGGUGGGGUCCUCCUGGUAAAAAUCAUGUUCCGGUGGGUAAAAUCUGCAUUUUUGGUGCAGUUGACCUGGUAAAAUUCACAUUCUAGGGGCUAAAUAUCGUGUUAUUUGGAAUCGCUUCAACCCACGGACAUGAAAAACAACCUGAGGCAACAGUGUUAAAGUAGACUUUGCAACACUGGUGUAGUGUGAGAACAGUGUCUCUUGCGCGACUCUAAUGCUUAAUGAGUUGGCAGCCCUGGGUUUAGGGUAGGUGCUAGACUUACAUCUGUUAAUCUGUUUCUGAGAAAAUGGACAUUUCACUUUGACAUUUCACUUUGAAGGUGUUGCCAAACGUGCAAGAAGCAAUUAAAUAUAAUGUUGCAUAUAUGUAACCACAGGCAUGUUUUACUAGUGAGCCUGGUAACAAAAUGUACAUUACAGAACCAGAGCACACUGUGAGGAAUUCGUAUCCCACAAUGCAGUGCACUUGAUAUAAUAGGUGUGUUUGACUUGCAGACUAAUCGGUGUGUAACAUCAAACUACUGCGAGAGCGGUACAUUGAUGUUGUACAUGAUCGGUCUGCGCAGCGCAGCGCCACACCGCUUCGAGUUGAACAAACUCUGUUUUCAGAGCUGUAAGGUCAGCAUGAUUUUAUCAUUUAUCAAAAGCUGCUUGUAGUGUAUUCAAGUUAGGCUAUAUGUUUCCUGUGCUAUGCUCAACCAGUUGAAGAACCUAUUUUCCUACUUUCUUCAUUGGAUGGCGAGAAGUUAUAGGCCUAUUAAAAAUGCAAUUAAAAUGGCAAAAUAAAGCAUAUUCAUUGUUUUUAGCUAAUAACUUGCUGAAUUAAAUGCAAUGUGAUGAGGUCAUUUGACAGCAAUGUAGCGUACUUCUAUUUGAAAUGCUUAUCACUGCAUAAUGCACAUAGUUUCACAUGUUACUUUCAAAAAUGGUAUGCAGUACAUAGGCACAGUAUCCUGGUGUUCCAUUCCGAACAUAGUCAGAGACAUAAAUGAGAAAUACUGUAAAUUACUAAACUAUUAGACCAUGUGGAAUCAAAUGAUGAUUCAACAUAGAUCUGCUGCUUUAUACAUGACAAAACAGCAACAACCGCUCUUACAGUAUGAUGGAGCUGCUCACUGCGAUGGACUAGUUCACCACCUUGUGGCCAAGAAUAGCAAUGCCACAGAUUUGAGACACUUUGAGAAGAACAGCUGAACAUUCUGUAAACUCUGAUGGACAUUACCUGAUUUUAUAAACACAUGGAUAUUGAUCUAUUUUUGCAGAAGAAGUAUGAAUUGCGAUGGACUGGAGGGUUGCAUGACAUAGACUGAAAAAAAAAAAUCAUAUUUAAACCACUGUACUGUAGUUAAUAAUAGAGCAAAGGUACAACAUUUAUAGUGAAUAACUCGUGCGUCUUAUUGAGAGACUGCGUUGGAAUCCGUCUAUGUGAUUUUUUUAUCUUGUGUCUAACAGUGCCAGUUAUAGAGCUAUUUUGGGUAAAGAUCUAUUUUUUUUUUUUUUUUUUUUUUUCUCCCUAUAGUUGAUCUUUUGUCACUGGAAUAAACACAAUGAUGUUUGUUAACAAUACUAAAAGCACUUUAACUCGAGGAGGAGGGUUUAUUUUUUGAUAUUUUCUUUUGGUCCAACUUAACUGUACCAUGGUCUGUUUUAUAUGUGAAGAGAAUAAAAAAGAGUGAAAGAAUGUAUUUUGAAUUAUAGUAAUUGAUAUAGUCAAAGUGCCUAUGAAUUAUGAAUCAUUAAUAAUAAUAACAAUAAUAAUAAUAAAAUCACUGCUACUAUUAGUUAGUGUUUUUUGUUUUUGUUAGUGAUUUGAUCAAACUCAUGACCUUAAGUAUCGAACUUUCACACAUAAUAUCUUCUGCACUUUUUAUGUUACACACAUGAAUGAUUCCUCAAAUCAUGCAAAUGAUUGAGGUGAAGUCAAUUAGUUUUAUGAAAUUAGUUUUAUAAGUGAUGAGAUAUAUGAUUUUAACCCUAUAUGUGAUAUAAACCAUUUAGCAAUGCCCUGUUUACCACUUAUAACUUAUUAUUAUUAUUAUUAUUAUUAUUGUUAUUAUUAUUAUUAUUAUCAGAUGGCUUAUGUUGUUGAAAACAAUGACUUUGGUUCAUCUUUAGCACAUUUUGCCUGUCUUAAACUGUGGCUGUAAGGAAACAUCUGUUUCAUGAAUUUCCUUUUGUGUUUAGUCAUUUUCAGAACUGGAUUUUCAUCACUUUCAUAACUGCUAAUGAUCUCAAAUGACUGUUUUUAAUAAAUGAGUUUUGAAGCAGC